GAUACUGUGACAUUAAAAAAGUCUAUGACAAUAUAUAAUGAAAGAAUUUAUCAAAAUAAGUUUGAGGAUUGUAGAAUUUAUCCAGACAAGUUGAUUUUAUUUUUUAAAUAUCAAGGUGACCGUGCCAUUCUGUGUGUCAGAAUCAAGAAUGUAGCAGUAGCUGUGACAAAAGAAGCUAGACUUCACCUGUUUCAAGCACAGGAAUGGCAGAAGCUGCAGAACAGUAUCCAAGAUCACAGCUGUACAGAGAUGUUCUCUAAAGCUCAGCUGACAAUGACUGUGAACCACACAGAGCAAAAUCUGACAGUGUCCCAGAUUCCUUAUCCGGAAACAUGGUAUGUGUUUUAUGUAGACAAGUUUACCUGCGAGGAGAAUUAUUCUGAAUCCGAGGAUAUUCAGUUUGAAAUGAUGUUACUAAACCCAGAUGCAGAAGGGAAUCCAUUAGAUCACUUUAGCGCAGGGGAAUCUGGAUUACAUGAAUUCUUUUUCCUGCUUGUCCUAGCAUACUUCGUAACUGCUUGCAUAUAUGCACAGUCCCUGUGGCAAACAAUUAAGAAGCGUGGACCUAUGCAUACUGUACUAAAGGUGUUGACAAUUGCAUUACUGUUGCAGGCUGGUUCCGCUUUUGCCAACUACCUGCAUUUCUCAAGUUAUUCUAAAGAUGGAAUAGGAGCACCUUUUGUGGGCAGUCUGGCAGAAUUGUGUGACAUAAUCUCACAGAUACAAAUGCUGUAUUUAUUGUUGAGUUUGUGUAUGGGUUGGACAAUAGGCAGAAUGAAGAAAUCUCAUGGCAGACCUCUUCAGUGGGAUUCCACUCCAGCAUCUACUGGCAUUGCUGUAGUAGUAGUUGUUACACAGAGCUUUUUAUUAAUUUGGGAGCAAUUUGAAGAUACGAAUCACCACAGUUACCAUUCACACCAUGGCUUAGCAAGCGGACUGCUUAUUGGCCUCAGAGUUUGCCUAGCUUUGUCACUGGCUGCUGGUCUUUACCAGAUCAUCACAGUGGAGAGAAGCACACUGAAAAGGGAGUUCUACAUCACCUUUGCCAAAGCCUGCAUUCUCUGGUUUUUGUGCCACCCAUGUCUUGCAACCAUUUCUGUAAUAUUCAGAGAAUAUCAAAGAGAAAAGAUUAUUACCAUAGGUGUUAUCCUCUGUCAAUGCAUCUCCAUGGUUAUCCUCUACAGACUUUUUCUAUCUCAUAGUCUAUAUUGGGAAGUAUCUUCACUAUCAUCAGUGACAUUGCCACUAACAGUAUCCUCUGGACAUAAAAAUCGACAUCACUUCUGAGAUGUUUAGGAAGAAUAGAUUAUGUAAUAAAUGUGCAAUAAUGACCUAAAUAUACAGGUAUUUUUGUCACAGGCGUGUGAUACAUUGGUUUCACUGGAAAACUGAGUGAUAGUAUCGGAGCACUUCACAGACCUUUGGUCUGACAAGAUCCCUAGAUUAAUCUAUUACAAGUAUUGCGGGGUGGAAAAAUCCAUAAUUUGAAUAAUUUUAUAAAUAUCGUUUAUGUGUAGCACGUGGUGCCGUGCUGUAUCACAGAAAAGUACAAUGAUUCUUUUCUCUCCCAUUCACAGCCACAAAAAAUGUCCUUACUUUAUAUCAAUACUAGGUUUGAGGAUCUUAUAAAAUGCAGUUCUUAAAACAUCUACAAGCUCAAACAAGUCUGAAAUAGGCCAGUUGUGAAAUUGGUGUGAUGCGUAACGAUGAGUACAAGGGGUUUUUUUAUUUUCAUGCUUUAGAGAAAAUGCAUUUUAUGUAUAAGUAUAAAAAAAGGGCAAACAAAAGGAGAGUC